GCCGUACUUUGCAUCUUUGGCGAAACCUAAAAAACAAAAACAAAUACCUUAUAUUUUGUAAUUGAUUCUUGUCGUAUAGAUGCCCCAAUUCAGUUCAUCCCAAGUUCCCAUUUUAAUCUUCUCCCUUCUCAUUAUCCUUCUUUGCUCAACGCAAACACAAUGCCACACCAAAGGUCUACGAUUACGACCAAGAAACCAGAAGAUUGUGAACUCGACGAGUCAGACACAAAACCCUGAAGAGGAAUUCUUGAAAUGGGUUAGAUACGUUGGGAGCCUCAAGCACUCUGUGUUCAAGGCAGCCAAGAACAAACUCUUCCCUUCGUAUACACUCACGGUUCAUAAGAAACACAAUAAAGGUGACUUCACUAAAAUCCAAGACGCCAUUGAUUCUCUCCCUCUCAUCAACCUCGUUCGUGUCGUCAUCAAAAUUCAUGCUGGAGUUUAUAAGGAAAAGGUGAACAUACCUCCAAUGAAGGCAUUCAUAACAAUAGAAGGAGAAGGAGCAGAUAAUACAAUAGUGCAAUGGGGAGACACAGCACAAACGCAUGACCCAAGAGGCAAUCCCAUGGGCACAUUCAACUCUGCCUCUUUUGCCGUCAACUCUCCUUUCUUUGUCGCCAAGAACAUCACUUUCAAGAACACGACCCCUGUCCCCUUGCCAGGGGCGGUUGGAAAACAAGCGGUGGCAUUGAGAGUGUCAGCUGACAAUGCUGCGUUUUUUGGGUGUAAAAUGCUUGGUGCUCAAGACACUCUCUAUGACCAUUUAGGAAGGCAUUAUUACAAAGACUGUUACAUUGAGGGAUCCGUUGACUUCAUCUUUGGCAACGCUCUUUCUCUAUAUGAGGGGUGUCACGUGCACGCGAUAGCGGAUAAGCUAGGAGCAGUGACGGCGCAAGGGAGGAGCAGUGUGCUAGAGGACACAGGAUUCUCUUUCGUGAAGUGUAAGGUGACAGGGACAGGAGUUUUGUACCUUGGGAGGGCAUGGGGUCCCUUCUCAAGAGUCGUCUUUGCUUACACCUAUAUGGACAACAUCAUCCUCCCUAAAGGCUGGUACAAUUGGGGCGACCCUUCACGCGAGAUGACGGUGUUCUAUGGACAGUACAAGUGCACGGGGGCAGGAGCAAACUAUGCAGGGAGGGUGGCUUGGGCAAGAGAACUCACUGAGGAAGAAGCUAAGCCUUUUAUUUCUCUUAGCUUCAUCGACGGCUCUGAGUGGAUCAAACUCUAACCAUUACUCUUUUCUUAAUUUUUUUUUCACUCUUUUUACCUAAUUAAUAAUGUACAUUUUACCAAUAAAAUAAAAAUACUUUUAAUUUUUUUUCACAUAGACCUCAUCUUCUUAUAUGAUAACUCAACUUUUGAUUUUU